AUGACCUCAAAUCCGACCUUCGGACUUCUUGUCCGAAAGGAGCUCGGAACUGUAUACAUCAAGGCAGCCAAUGAAGGGAAUGGGAAUUGCAAACAUCUCUGUUCCGAGGGCCCCUUACGUGACCGAUUCAUUGCCGACUGGAGUAAAAAGGCCGCAUCAUCACCCGGUACAGGCGUACUUGGUCCUACCAGCUACUCGGCCGUUUACGAUGAUAGCGAAGAUGUGAUAAGAUCUCCUACAGUUACUACAUCUUUCCGUGAUUUGACCAAAUCACUUAGGCGUAGCCAAACGUCGGUCGAUGAUGCAGAUAUUCAAGUUGGUGCGGAACUCUUACUCUUUCUAUACGAGGAUUUCACUCUCUACGAACGCAUGUCAAUAUCCAAGUUCAGUCAUUGCGAGGGCUACGUUUUCGCACCCCCUUUGCUUCGACUACUCUUCGCGUCCGUCAGACAGAUGUUGAACAAUGCUAUCAAAGAUGAAUCCGAUCCUCUGCCUGACUUGAUAGAGCAAUCAAGAAGAAUCUUUGAGCAGUGCUCAAAGACCAUUUAUGUCGACGCCCAUAUGACACCACAAGACUACUUCAUCUCCAUGCCGAACAGGUGGGAGGUAAUUGGUGUAUUAUUUUCAAUCAUCGGCGCAAGUUCUUUCCUUCUUCCAGCAUCUGAUAUGAUCACUUUACAUCCCAAUGCAGCGAAUGUAGACCGGCAAGGCCUGUCACUGGUGUGCAUCUCUGCAGGAGAAAAGUGUAUAAAAUUUUGCGAUAAUGCCGGUGUUAUGUCAGAGCCGCUCUCGUGGGCUCUACUUGCGCAUGCGUCGCUCUUAACAUAUAUUCAUGGUGAUCACGAUUAUCGUCCUUGGAAGGUACUAGGUGAUCUUGCCACACUUGUAUAUUCUCUCGGCUUUCAUCAAAGAGAGAAUAGCGAGAUGCUACCGUUUUUCCUCGUCGAACAUCGCAAGCGACUCUUGCUCGGAGCGUACGCAGUUGAUAAAGAAUUAGCAACAUUUCUCGGACGUCCACCAAGGAUUAGUUACCGCCAUAUCAAUGUUGACCCUCCCCUCGAUAUAACUUAUGAUGAACUCCUCGCCGAACCAGAUAUUCGAGAUGCGACAAUGGCACAAUUAGAUCAGGAUGGGUGGAACACACGGGGCAUAGUUACCAAGACCACUUUUGUUCGCGCAAUUUACAAGAUUGGUCAAGUGAGGGAGUUAGUACUCGAAUUGUCUCUGAAUGCCCGACUUGAGGACUUGGAAAUGAAAAUCCUUGAUAUCACGAAUCUUGCUGCUGAGAUUCGUAGCCGGUUGCCACCACGCUUUCGGACUGUCAGUUACAGUGAUGGCGUGACUAUGUGGGAAUCAGAAUCAAAUCUGAUGACACUUUGCUUUCAUUUGGAGUGCUUAUACAAUGAGCUCAUCAUGCAGAGAAUUCUUGUCAAGAGGACCGGUCACGAAUCCCUGAAAUUGCGGACCAUUGCCCAUGAGAUGUUGAAUACUCUUUUGCUUGUCAAUGGAAAUCGGGCUCCGGAUGGAAGGGACAAUAAUACGGUGGCUUGGAAUACAUCCUUCUACGGACUCCCCUCUGCUGGCGUACUGGCAAUCGAACUCCUUCGCCAGAGCCAAAGCACCCAUCCUGAUCCAACCUUCCCUCGCUCUGAAGUCAUUCAAAACCUGAGCAGGUUUGCCGGAGAUCUAGAAUACGCCAUUGUACGAGAAGCCGGCAACUAUGAAAUUUGUCAACAGGCUCGAAAGAUGAUUCGAUCCAUUCUAGAUCGUGUUCUUUCAGCACCGCAAGUAUCGCUGCCAACAAGCGCUGAUGUGAGCUCUAUGCCCAUCGAAUGGCUCGGGAGUGAUGAUAUAUGGUUGAAUCAAGAUUCCGACUUUAUGAGAUGGAUCAACAAUUUUGAUUGGAACCAAGAGACAUCUAUUGGGGAGUAA